CAAGUUGUUUUAUUAUCUUAUCUCUAUUUAUAAAGGAAGGUGAGGUCUAAUGUGCACCAUUUUUUUUAAUCUCAUCUCCAUUUAAAGGUGAAAAAAGGAGAAAUAAACUAUUUAAUUUGUAAGUAGAAGGUGAAGAAAAAUGGAGAAUAUGUGUAUCUCUGUCUUAAUUCUCUUAAUUUUGUUUCUCUCUCUUGCCCUUUUCAUUCUCUUCUACCGUCACAAGGCUCAAUUCGCCUACCCGAACAUUCCUCCGGGCAGCAUCGGCUACCCGAUCAUCGGCGAGACUCUACAAAUGGUUGCCCACGAGAGGAACGGGCAGCCGGAGAAUUUUAUGUUCGGGCGCGUCGCCAAGUACAAGACGGAGAUUUUUACGACUUCCAUCCUCGGGGAGCCGACCGCCGCCUUGUGCUCCGCCGCGGGGAAUAAGUUUCUAUUCUCGAACGAGCAGAAACUGGUGACUCCGUGGUGGCCGAAAUCUGCUGAUAAAGUGUUUCCUUCUACCGUUAAGUAUAAUAGCAAUGAAGAAGCUAAGAGAAUGAAGAAUUUACUCCCGCAGUUCAUUAAGCCGGAAGCGCUUCGACGAUAUGUUGGAGUGAUGGACUCUAUUGCUCAAAAGCACUUCGCUUCCAUGUGGGAAAAUAAGAAAGAAAUCGUUGUGGCUUCUACUGUAAAAGUCUACACGUUCUAUUUAGCAUGUCGGUUGUUCAUGAGCAUGGAGGAUGUGAACGAGGUGGAAAGAAUCUUCAAGAGGUUUGAAGAGAUAGCGUCAGGGAUCAUAUCGGUGCCGAUAGAUUUUCCAGGAACAAUGUUCAGAAAAGCCAUAAAAGCAUCAGAGUUUGUGAGGAAGGAGUUGUUGAGGAUCAUAAGGCAACGGAAAACAGAUCUGAGCGAGGGGAAGGCAUCGGCGACGCAAGACAUUCUGUCGCACAUGCUUUUGACGUCGGACAGCACUGGCCAAUUCAUCCAUGAAGAAGAUAUUGCCUCUAAAAUUCUCGGUCUUCUCGUCGGCGGACAUGAUACCGGUGUCUGUACCUGCACUUUCGUCGUUAAGUACUUGGCUGCUCUUCCCCACGUCUAUGAAAAUGUCUACAAUGAGCAAAUGGAGAUAGCAAGAUCAAAGGCAGCAGGUGAACUAUUGACUUGGGAAGACCUUCAGAAGAUGAAGUAUUCAUGGAAUGUUGUUUGUGAAGUGCUUAGACUCUUCCCUCCAGUUCAAGGAGCUUUCAGGGUUGCCCUCACUGACUUUGCCUUUAAUGGCUUCUAUAUCCCCAAGGGCUGGAAGGAUGUGAAGUUGUAUUGGAGUGCAGCAGCAACACACAAAAACGAAAAGUACUUUGCAGAGCCAUUAAAGUUCGAGCCAAGAAGGUUCGAAGGGAAAGGUCCGGCGCCGUUCACGUACGUGCCGUUCGGGGGAGGUCCAAGAAUGUGCCCAGGCAAAGAGUACGCCCGGCUCGAGGUUCUUGUUUUCAUGCACCAUUUGGUCAGGCGCUUCAAACUCCAACUUUGCAUUCCCAAUGAAAAAAUCACCGCCAAUCCAAUUCCCACUCCCCUCCACGGCCUUCCGGUUCGUCUUUUUCCCCUCGCGCCGCCGCCCCAUUAUUCCUCCCCCUAAAGCUCCUGAACUACUUCCAUUUAUUACUACCCAUCUAAAUAAAUCUUUAACUAUAGGAUAAAAAUAAUGUUAUUCGAAUGGUAUGUCAAAGGUUAAAUAAAAAUAGUAUGUAUUAUAUCUGUAUUAGAAAUUUUCUCGUGGCUCUAAUUCUAUUUUUAUUUUGGAUUAAUAAAUACGAGCGUCAUCAUAUGCAAC